CCGGGGGCAUUUGACGUGUUGGAUCUGGGACCUGAGAGAUGCAACGUCCCCAGCUCCCGAGUCGCACUGAACGCUGACCACUACAGGAGAGAGAUUGAACACAGUAGAAGAGCUCUGGGGAGAAACCGUGUCAAGUCCUCCAUCUGUCUUGAGAGCUUCAUGAAGUACAGUGAGCAGUACCUCCACCAUGACCCCAUCAUGUCAGGCUGUCUCCCUAGCAACCCCUGGAUCUCUGACGACACCUCACACUGGACCAUCAACACUGACAUGGUGGGCAUUCCAACCAGGUUGAGAGUGGAGCGCUGGAGUUUCAGCUUCAUGGAACUUCUGAACGACUCGAUGGGAAGACGAGAGUUUAUGAUCUACCUGGAGAAAGAAUUCAGUGCGGAGAACCUGUGUUUUUGGGUGGCCUGUGAGGACCUGAGGCAUGGAGAGAGCUCCAAGAUCAUCCUGAAAGUAGAGGAGGUUUACAAGAACUUUCUGGCCCCUGGGGCAGCUCGCUGGGUGAACAUCGAUAGUAAGACCAUGGAGAGAACACUGGAGGGAAUCAAACGACCUCAUCGCUUCAUUAUGGACGACGCCCAGAUGCACAUCUACUUCCUCAUGAAGAAGGACUCCUACCCCAGGUAUCUGAAGUCUGAGCUGUAUAAGAACAUGCUGGCCAAAGCCAUCGUUCCCCAGGAGACCAAGAAGAGUGUAUUUCCCUUCAUGAGGCGACAGCGUCACUCUAGCCCCUCUCCUGCCAUGGUUACCCAAGCGACAGAAGAUGAUGGAAAGGCUAAAGGGGCGGGACCAACAGGAACAAGCUCCACAACCAACUCUCAGAUCUGAUUGCCAUGGGAAUACCACAACCACCAUGUUCAUGACACCCAGAUCUGGUCACCAUUGUAUCACUAUAGUAAUCAUUCAAGACCCUGCAUCUACUUCUAGAAGUUAUAAUACAGUCUAGUAGUUAUAUUUAUGAAUAUAGAACUAUAGGUAUAGUUUACAGAGACAAUCUGAAAGAUUUCCACUGUUCAAUUAAUGUAGAUUUAAGGCCAGUUUAUACUUGGUCUAAUAACAUGUCUAUGGACAAUUAUAAUGUGACAAGUGUCGCUGGUCAAAACAACUUUUAAUUUAUACUCCUGUGGAAUGUCUGUAGACUGUCGUUGCGACUGUUAGUUUCCUUGUUGCAGAGACAUGAAAAAGUUCCCGUCUCUGCGACUGUCGCAACGUCCGUUGUCGUGGUUACCGGACUGUGACACGAUGAUGUUGUAGUUCUAUUAUUCUCAAAUAGAUUUACCUAGUUUUAUUCCGUCACUCUGUGGCAGUCAGCUAUUUUCUGUCGGCUCACAAUUAUCUUUUAAAUAAUGAUGUUGUGGGUUUGUGUUUCUGUAAUAAUGAAUAAAAGUAGUAAGACGUUG